AUGGCGACCUUCGAGGCGUACGAGCGGCAGUUCAACGGCAUCGUCGACGCUUUGUCACACGGUGCAUCCAGCGGGCGGCUGCACGAGUCGCAGCGGCGCAUCGACGACGCGGAAUCACUCAUUCUCCAGAUGGAUCUCGAGGCGCGGUCGCUUCCCCCCGCUGACCGCGCGCACCUGCUGGCGCGCCUGCGCGCGCACAAGCUCGCGCUGCUCGCCGCCAAGAAGCGCGCCGUGGAGACGGCGGGGGAGGGGGGAGUCGUGACGGGCGGGCAAGGAGGCGGGCAAGCGGGGGCCCGAGGGGUGGGGAGAGCGGAGGAGGAGAGAGCAGCGCUGCUGGAAGAUGGAAGGGACUAUGUGCCUCUAUCGGGUGCGGCGGACCAGCGGGCGCGGCUGCUGCAGGUGACGGCGCGGGUGGAGGAGUCGUCUGAGCGCGUGGCGGAGAGCCGGCGCGCGAUGGCGGGCACGGAGCAGCUGGGCGUGGCCAUCCUGGCCGACCUGCACCAGCAGCGCCAGUCCCUGCUGCGCUCCGGCGACACGGGCUUCACUGCUCGCACCUCUCUCACUGCUCGCACCUCUCUCACUGCUCGCACCUCUCUCACUGCUCGCACCUCUCUCACUGCUCGCACCUCUCUCACUGCUCGCACCUCACUGCUCGCACCUCUCUCACUGCUCGCACCUCACUGCUCGUCUGUGCUGUGCCUGUGCCGUGCCUGUGCUGUGCCUGUGCCGUGCCUGUGCCGUGCCUGUGCCGUGCCUGUGCUGUGCCUGUGCCGUGCCUGUGCCGUGCCUGUGCUGUGCCUGUGCCGUGCCUGUGGUGCCCAGCUGGAGGACGUGGACCACCAGAUGAGUCGAGCGCGGCGGGUGCUGGCGGGCAUGGCGCACAAGCUGCACCGCAACAAGUGGAUCACCGCGCUCAUCCUCUCGCUCCUCAUGCUCGCCAUCGCUGCCGUCAUCUACCUCCGCUUGCGCCACUAG